AUGCUUCGAGGACGCUCACACCCGCAGAUUCAACUAUUUGUAAAAACUCCUACCAAGGUGCCACUGGAAUCAUGGCCAAUUCCUGAUAAACCCUGGUCUAGGAUUCAUAUCGAUUAUGCUGGACCGGUGGAUGGAUUCAACUUUUUAGUAAUAGUCGACCCCUACUCUAAAUGGCCUGAGGUGCACGUGACCAAAUCAACAACGAAAAAAGCCACACUCAAGCUGCUCAAUCAUUCAUUUGCAACGUUCGGCGUGCCGGAAACAAUCGUGUCAGACAACGGCACCCAGUUUACAAGCCAAGAAUUUCAAACCUUCUGCUCCAGCCAGGGUAUACGCCAUAUUCGUAUUGCUCCCUAUCAUCCACAAUCCAACGGUUUAGCGGAGAGAUUUGUGGAUACGUUGAAAAGAAGUCUACGGAAAAUUCGUUCGGGAGGAAAAGGACUAGAGGAAGCACUGAACACCUUCUUACAAGUGUACCGUUCUACGCCAACCGAUGAUUUGGGUAAUAAAUCUCCAGCCGAAAUAAUGUUAGGUAGACCAGUUCGUACCAUUUCAUCUUUACUCAAACCGUGCGACAGUGGGAUUUUACUAAGAAACAAAACGAAGCAGAAUGACGCUUUUAAUAAAAGGCAUGGUGCAGUCCAUAGAGGAUUUAAGCAAGGUGACUUAGUAUACGCCAAAAUUUAUGCUCCAAAUUCUUGGCAAUGGAAACCUGCAACUGUUAUUGAAAAAAUUGGAGCUGUUAACUACAAUGUGUUACUUGAAGAAGGAAAUCGCCUAAUACGAUCUCAUGCCAAUCAUCUUAAGACUCGUUUUCAAAAAUGCUGCAGUUCAGAAAAACAUCCGUCACCGCUUUCAAUUUUCUUCGACGGUUUUGGAUUGAACAUUCCUGCCGAGGUGCCACAAAAUGUUCCAGCAAAUGUUCAGGUGCGAAAGGGACAACCGUUGGAUAAUGAGGUAGACCCCAACCUAACGAAUGAUUUCUCAGAUGAAGGACAACCGUUGGAUAAUGAGGUAGACCCCAACCUAACGAAUGAUUUCUCAGAUGAGGAAGCUGCAAUUGAGAAACCAAAUGUGCGAUUACAAACUACUCCUGCAGUAAAAGAGCCAGUUCAAUUCGCUACACCAAUACUUGAAAGAGGAAGGCGUAUGAUUGGCAUUAAAAAAAAUAAUUUAGUUCAAAAACCGUUCCAUAAUCGAGAACUGUACUGCCGCGCAUAG